AUCUGGAGCCAUCCAAUUGAUCCCGGCUGCCUACCCUGAAGCCGAGGAUAGGAAUUGCGUUGAAUGUCAGCGCUGUCAGAUUGUCGGAUUCUCAUGGAAUGAAAGAAUAAAGCCCGUUGGCAGAGCUGUGCCCUUUUUAGAUCUCUCUAUCAUAAAUGCCCCUGGUUCUGAGCCUCAUACUGUGCGCUCAUUCUCUCCACAUCAUCAGUGGCUGAGCUUGUAAGUCAAAAAAAGUUGAACCAGACAUCUCAAACAUGAUGGCGUCCGCGGCGCCCAUCCUUACACCGGCACUACUCGCAGCCAUCCGCAAACAGCCGGAUCUCCCUCGCAACACUUGGUAUUUCAUUACUGCCACGACUCUGUCCAUCCUGAACCGACCGGACGAGCUUCCUAAAGUAUACACGCACGCCAUUGAGGAGGGUCUCGACGGAGCGGCAUCUCCGGCCCGACGAGAAAACCAACUCAAUGUGUCAAGACGGAUACGUGAGGCUCUUGUCAAGGCUUCCGCUGUUGGUGGCAUGCCAAAGACUAUCAACGCCCUGCUAGCACUGAAAACCGCAACUCCAGAGGAUCUUCUCGAUGCACCGGGAAGUGAGACCCAAUCGUCAAGAUCCUGUGACAUCUACGAAACACCAGCACCGCAGGUCUUGCAGCGUGGACAAACCUUCUUCGACAAGCUCUAUGGGAAAAUUUCAAGGAGGGUCAUGGGGCAGAUGGACCGAUCCGGGUCAGAGGACCUUGGGCUGAUGGCUAGACUGGUGUACGGAUAUAUACUCAGCAACACCGACGUCUUGACUCCGGUGGAGACUUCCUUUGUGCUGAUUGCGAGUCUCAUCCCGCAAGAUGUGAAUCCUCAGCUCAAGGGUCAUUUGAGAGGUGCACUAAAUGGAGGAGCGAGCGUGGCUGAGGUGAGGGCAGUGAGAGACGUGGUAAUUAAGAUAUGUGAGGCAUAUGGUAUGAAGAGGUUGAGUGCCGACGCUGUUGGCGGAUGGGGAUGGAGAAGUGAGAUUGCAAACGUUUAGAUUUGCCACACACACAUACAAAGUAUAAGGCCAGUAGCACAAACGCAUAGAGUUGCAAAAUAAUAGGGACUGCAAAGCCUAACCAUGACAAUAAAAUGCGUCGAGAAAGC